CCCUCCAUUCUCAUUCUCGUUUCUUUCUACUCAUCUCUCUCUCAGCAGAGAGCCUUUUGUGCUCACCUCUCUCUUUCUCCGAUUUCCUCCUCUCGAAAACCCUAGAAAUCGCUCUAAUAGACUAAUACGAGUCUCUCUCGCAUCCAUAUCCUUACUAGAAGAUGGAGAAAGCAGGAGGUCUUGAGGGAGCAGAUCAAUCCCCACCUUUGCCUCCACCUCCGGAUGUACCUCCAAAUUUGAAGCCAGAGCUGGUGGACCUUCCCAAACGUUCUAUCAUCAGUAGGUGUGGGGUUGGUAAUUGUGGGCGCCGUAUAACCUUGCUCACCAAUCACUUUAAAGUUUCUGUCAAUGCCUCAGAUGCAAGCUUUUACCAGUAUACAGUCACUAUUUCUGCAGAGGAUAGGAAAAUUACUGAGAGCAAGAAUAUUGGAAGAAGACUGCUUGAUCGGCUUUACCAAACAUACUCUUCUGAACUUGCUGGUAAAAGGUUUGCAUAUGAUGGAGAAAAAAGUUUAUACACUGUGGGUCCGCUUCCACAGAACAAGUCUGAGUUUACAGUGAUUCUUGAAGAGUCACGCGCAAAACGUAGAAGUGGCAGUCCUGAUAGUGGCAGUCCUGCUGGUACUGGUAAGCGGUCAAAACAAUGUUUCCAGUCAAAAACUUUCAAAGUUGAAAUAAGCUAUGCUGCUAAAAUACCUUUGAAGUCUAUAGCUCUUGCCCUCAAGGGAAAUGAGGUAGACAAUAGUGCUCAGGAUGCACUGAGAGUGCUUGAUAUUGUACUAAGGCAGCAAGCAGCUAACAGGGGAUGUCUUUUGGUGAGGCAAUCAUUCUUUCAUGACGAUUCGAGGAACUUUGUUGAUGUUGGAGGAGGUGUUAAUGGUGUCAGGGGGUAUCAUUCUAGCUUCCGUCCCACUCAGGGUGGCUUGUCUCUUAACAUGGAUGUAUCUACUACAAUGAUCCUUAAACCUGGCCCUGUGAUUGAUUUUUUAAUAGCUAAUCAGAAUGUACGGGAACCUCGCAAUAUUGACUGGGCAAAGGCCAAGAAGAUGCUGAAAAACUUGAGGAUUAAGACAAGACACCGCAACAUGGAAUUUAAAAUCAUAGGUCUAAGUGAGAAGCCAUGCAAUCAGCAGUUUUUCAUCGGCUUUUUAAGUUUUCUUAUGAAAGUGAAAAACAAUGAUGCUGCAAAUGAAGGACAGACUGUGGAGAUUACUGUGAAUGAAUAUUUUGCUAAACACUGUGGCAUAGAGCUCACUUUUUCUGCAUUCCUGCCAUGUCUUGAUGUUGGGAAACCGAAACGGCCAAAUUAUUUACCGCUGGAGCUUUGUUCUCUUGUUUCACUUCAACGCUAUACUAAAUCACUAUCAUCAGUGCAACGAGCAUCCUUGGUUGAAAAGUCAAGGCAGAAGCCUCAAGAGAGAAUGAAAACUCUAACUGAUGCUAUGCAAACCUACUGUUAUGAUGAGGACCCUUUUCUUGGAGCAUGCGGUAUUUCUAUUGGAAAACAACUGAGACAGAUUGAGGGUCGUGUCCUUGAGGCCCCAAGGCUGAAGGUUGGUAACAGUGAGGACUGUGUCCCUCGUAAUGGACGCUGGAACUUUAACAACAAGACGUUUUUAAACUCUAUCCAAAUUGAGCGUUGGAUUGUUGUCAACUUUUCUGCCCGCUGUGAUACUAGUCACAUAUCUCGUGAGCUUAUCAAUUGUGGGAAGAAGAAGGGCAUUCAUAUUGAACGCCCUUUUACCUUAAUUGAGGAGGAUCAACAAUCUAGAAGAACCAGUCCUGUUGUUAGAGUUGAUAAAAUGUUUGAUCAAAUUACAGCAAAGCUUCCAGAACCUCCUCAAUUCAUUCUCUGUGUCUUGCCUGAGAGGAAAAAUUCUGACAUUUAUGGACCUUGGAAGAAAAAAUGCCUCUGUGAUUUUGGAAUUGUUACUCAAUGCAUUUCUCCUUCUCGGAUUAAUGAUCAGUAUCUUACAAAUGUUCUACUUAAAAUCAAUUCAAAGCUUGGAGGAAUAAAUUCUUUGUUGGCAAUAGAGCACUCCUCACACAUUCCCCUGAUAAAAGAUACUCCUACGUUAAUUUUGGGUAUGGAUAUCUCUCAUGGAUCUCCUGGUCGAUCAGAUAUCCCAUCUAUUGCUGCGGUUGUUGGCUCUCAAAGGUGGCCACUGAUUUCAAGGUAUAGAGCAUCGGUAAGAACUCAAUCUCCUAAGGUGGAGAUGAUUGAUGCUCUAUACAAGCCUCUGGCAAAUGGGAAAGAUAGUGGUAUUAUCAGGGAACUGCUUGUGGACUUCUACAAAACAAGCCAAAAAAGAAAACCUAAACAGAUUAUUUUGUUCAGGGAUGGAGUGAGUGAAUCACAAUUCAAUCAAGUUUUGAAUAUUGAGCUGGAGCAAAUCAUAAAGGCAUACCAGCAUCUUGGUGAGACUGACGUCCCGAAGUUCACAGUUAUUGUUGCACAGAAAAAUCACCACACCAAGCUAUUCCAAGCUAGUGGACCUGAAAAUGUUCCUCCUGGAACAGUUGUGGAUACAACUAUUGUGCAUCCAACAAACUAUGACUUCUACAUGUGUGCUCAUGCUGGGAUGAUAGGAACUUCAAGGCCAGCACACUACCAUGUCUUGCUUGAUGAGAUUGGUUUCUCUCCUGAUCACUUGCAAAAUCUUAUCCACUCCUUGUCAUAUGUUUACCAAAGGAGUACUACAGCCAUUUCAAUAGUGGCACCUGUAUUGUAUGCUCACCUUGCUGCACAACAGAUGGGGCAGUUUAUUAAGUUUGAGGAUUUGUCAGAAACUUCUUCAGGACAAAGAAGUAUUACAUCUGCGGGGAGUAUUCCUGUUCCUGAGCUGCCUAGGUUGCAUGAGAGAGUUGAGGGUUCGAUGUUCUUCUGCUAAGAAUGCUGUUGAUAGCUUUUUGUAGGUACAGCUAACAUGCCCUAGUUUUUCAACUCUAGAUAUUUGGGAAGCUAGGGGUAUACAAACAUGCAAGCAACCCUUAGUUAUUUUGUAGGUGAUUGAGAUAUAGGUACAGAAAUGCAGUUCUAUUUUAGUAUUGGAUGAUUUGGGUGCUCUAUAUUUACAUGGGUAAUAGUAAUUAUCAAUUGAAGAGUUCACCAUUUGAAACUUUUGAUACCGAGGAAAUUGUUGGUUUGGAUAGGUACGUUUUCAGGAAAGGUUUUUCCCUUCUAUGGAAGGAAAUUUUGUAAUGUUCUAUUCAUUAUGAUUAUUAAUUUAUUAUAUGGCAUUAUCUUUGACUUAA